AAAGUAGCAUGAGGUGAAGUAACUUAACUUCUUACUAUUAAAGAACGAACACAAAAGGAUAUACAUUUUGCUUUGAAAUCAGUGUAAUUAUUAUCACGUGUUCUCAUGCACUGACGUAAUAGUGCACACCACGUGUACUGGAAAAACAUUUAUUUAUUUAUUUAUUUUUUAAAUGUUAUAAUUGUGAUGUGGCUAUCGAAAUGUUUCUAUGAUAUUAUUGUGAUUGUGGCUUUUUUAUUAGAAUUAGAAGCAAAUUGGGAAGAAUGGUGGACAUAUGAUGGCAUAUCAGGUCCAGAUUACUGGGGAUUACUUAAUCCGGAUUGGAGAUUAUGCAACAGAGGUCGACAUCAAUCACCAGUCGAUAUUGACCCCUCCGUCCUGCUCUACGACCCGACUUUAGGUCCUCUCCAUGUUGAUAGUCACAGGGUCAGUGGCACAAUUUCAAAUACUGGAAGAAGUGUGAUAUUUCGAGUCAAUCCAUCCAACUCGGGAGUCGUUAUUCGAGGGGGUCCUUUAACCUAUCAUUAUAGAAUAACGGAAGCCCAUUUGCAUAUAGGAAGAACUGAUGAACGUGGUUCGGAACAUACUGUUGGAGGACACGCUUUUCCUGCUGAAUUACAGGUUUUCGGAUAUAAUUAUGAUUUAUACGAUAAUAUGUCCGAGGCCCAACAAAGAGCUCAAGGUGUUGUUGGUUUAGCUCUAAUAUUAAAGCUCGGUAAUCUAUCUAAUCCAGAACUAAGAUUCCUGACAAAUCAAGCGAGUAAUAUCAUUUAUAAAGGCCAAACAGCUCAAGUAAAUCACAUUUCCUUUCGAGGUUUGCUACCGAACACUAGCCAUUACGUAACAUAUGAUGGAUCACUAACAAUGCCAGCUUGUCAGGAGACAGUAACUUGGAUCAUUAUGAACAAACCCAUAUAUAUAACGAAACAACAGUUAUAUUCUAUCCGGAGACUGGUCCAAGGAGAAAUUGUAAAUCCUAAAACGACAUUAGCUGAUAAUUUUCGUCCUCCUUUACCUUUAUAUCGUCGUGCUGUACGAACUAAUAUAGUAACAAAAUAUUUUCAGAAAUUUAAAAUGGUUCCUUUAAAUAUUUUAUCAAUCAUCGUCUAUAAUUGUGAGGGGUGGAGCAUUUUAAUGCAGUAAUAUCGUUAUAAGGAAUAAUCCAUUUGAUGUAACGGGUGUGGAUGAAAAUGUGCAAUUAUUAAGAACGAAAUGUUCGAAAAUGUCUUAUAGAAAUGAUCCACCUAUUAAUUUGUCAGUCAAACAUAUCGUAAAGUUCAAAUAAAACAGUAAAACAUUCAAAAAACUUUCGUGUUAAUUAUAUUCAAAUUUUUAAAAUAUAAUUAUCAUUUCUUUUUAUAUUUACUUUAUAUAUAUA